AUGGCUCAGGAACCCAAACUGUUUCUGACGGUGAAAAGUGCUAGUUUACCAACGUUGAACCUACCGGAUGCCGAGAGUGCCUAUUUGAUUGUGUCUGAUUUGAUGAUAAGUCCCGAGGGGCAACCGUUGCCUUUCCUCAGUGGAGAAUUUCGAAAAGUGGAUCAGUCUUACUUCAAGAGGUUGCACAGGGAUCGUCCCGGGGUGCAGUUUUUGGCAUCGUUUGGCGGGACGGCUGUUCCUCCGGAGCUGUUUUCCCACCUGUCCGAGGACGAUGGCAGGUUGUUAAGGUUCGUGCAACAGCUGGUGCAGUUUGCGAAGGAAACCGGUUUCAACGGGUUGGACAUUUCCUGGAUGUAUCCAACUCAAGCGGAUAACGUGAGUUAUUCGCUGCUAGUAAGGCAGCUGAGAGCAGCCUGUGAUCAGGAAAAUCUGAUUCUAACGGUGACUGUUCCGAGUAAUCCUGCGGUCAUUGGGAAAAAUUACCCGGUGGAAGAGAUUGCCAAGUCAGCACAUUAUGUGAUACUGAGUACGAACGAGUUCAGAAAGUUAAAGAAGACUUCAUUGAUCGCGCCGUUGUACGCGAUAAACGCUGGAUCUUCCAACAGUGUGGACUUUCACGUCAAUGCAUGGAAGAUGGCAGGCCUGGCUAGCGAAAAGAUCGUGAUCAUUAUUCAAACAACAUCCUUGACGUACAAACUAUUCCAACAGAAAGAAUACCAACUGGGGACACCGGUGGUUCGAUUGAAAAUACGUCCAUUUUUCAAGAUCUGCCACAAGCUUUACAGUGGUUCGUUGGAGAUCUUUGAAAACAACGCCCGCUGCCCGUAUGCCUUCCGUGAACUGAGCUGGUACUCGUAUGAGAACAAGCAAUCGAUCAAGGAAAAAGUGGGCUACGUACUGAACCAAUACCUCGGAGGGAUCGCCGUAGCAUAUUACGAUGAAGAUGACCCAACGAAUCUAUGCGGCGAUGGACAGUAUCCACUAACGGCGGUGGUCUUAGCUUCCCUUAAGGGAUUGGAACUUCCGAUUGACCAGAGACCUUCGGCGAUUGCUCAACGAAGCAUCCACAACGGAGAUGUUGAUUCGUAUGAAGACGUUGUCGAUUUGCAUAUGGUAGACGCUGGUAGCGCACAUUCUACCCUGGCCGAUACCCAAGUGCCAGACCCGGAUGAGCCAAGCGAUGAAGAGCUUCCACCAGAGGGUGAUGAUUCGUACAACAGCAAGUCUUCGUUUGUGCUUCGACAAAUUCCAACUCUGUCGGAACCGCUCUGUUCGAGAUGUUCACCGCCGGCAACAACUGCCGCUUCGGGUUAUACCGAAAUGCGAAAGGACUCUUCCGGGUCGAAACUUUUGUAUUCUAAAGACCGUAGUUAUGGUUGUGAUAAUUGCACGCCUUCGAUCUUUCUCGUUGAUUCGGAUCAUGCGCUGGCCAAGUUGACGAAUCCUUCCGAGCACGCUGAUGAAAGGCUCUUAUUUUCCGAGAGCAGCAGUUCCUAUGCCGGGAGCUGCAAUCCACUGUUUACCGAACCGAAACCACCGGUGGUGGUCAAGCCACCUCCUCCAGAAGCACAGUAUGACCCGGCACGAUCACGAUUGGGGAUCAUAGCUACCUGCUCGACCGGAAAUCGUCCGUGUAAUCCAAACUGUAAUUCAAACUGUAAUUCAAAUUGUCCCUCAAAUUGCAAUUCCAACUGUAGGCCCUGCAACGGUCUUCCAGGAAGAUGUGGAUGCUUUCCUUGUGGAGGACACAUUCCUCAGCAUGAUUAUAUGAACAUGAUGCCUUCCGGAAUGGCCCAAACGACUCCGUGCCCUCAGGCUGCGUUUAUGGAAAUGUUUGCCAACAUGCAGAAUCUCGCGCGAGUGAACCGACAUCUUGAGUCGCAAUCGGUGGACAACCAGCUAGGCUAUCAGAUGUGUCCAUACGAUGGCAUUAUACCGGAUCCACGUGAUCCGCGGCACUACUUUCUCUGCCGUCAAGGAUUGCCCAUGAGUGACGAGAAUCGAUUUUGCUGCGCCAAUGGAUACAUGUACGAUCCGGACAAUCAGAAGUGCGUGCCUGAAAAACAGAACUGAUCCGCCGUCGUAAUCGUGCCAUUGGUGGUGGCUU